CGUCCCUGACGGGCGGGCGUUCUUUCCGGGGGUUAUGGGAGGGCUCUGGCAUCCGGAAUGGAGGCGCCUCGCAUUCUGUGGCUGGCAUUGGAGCCACCCUGGGUCCCCCGCCAGGGCUGCGGAGAGAGUACAGCAGUUCCUCAGGCCGGGGAGGAAUGGGACAGGAGGUGCUGAGAGGGGGCUGAAGCGGCUCGGGACGUGGGAGCGCCCCGGCCUGGCCCGGGACCCAGCCGUGCAGCCGCCGCGGCGACCGAAGAGCACGAACCCUUUCACGCGCGCGCAGGAGGAGGAUUGGCGGCGGCGGAACAAGACGGUCCUGACGUACGUGGCCGCGGCCGCCGUGGGCAUGCUGGGGGCGUCCUACGCCGCAGUGCCCUUUUACCGGCUCUAUUGCCAGAUGACAGGACUUGGAGGAUCAGCAGUUGCAGGUCAUGCAUCAGACCAGAUUGAAAACAUGGUGCCUGUUAAGGAUCGAAUCAUUAAAGUUACCUUCAAUGCAGAUGUGCAUGCAAGUCUUCAAUGGAACUUUAGACCUCAGCAAACAGAAAUAUAUGUAGUGCCAGGAGAGACAGCACUGGCGUUUUACAAAGCUAAGAAUCCUAGUGACAAACCCAUAAUUGGAAUUUCUACAUACAAUGUUGUUCCAUUUGAAGCUGGACAAUAUUUCAAUAAAAUACAGUGCUUCUGUUUUGAAGAACAAAGGCUUAAUCCCCAAGAAGAAGUAGAUAUGCCAGUGUUUUUCUACAUUGAUCCUGAAUUUGCUGAAGAUCCAAGAAUGGUGAAUGUUGAUCUCAUCACUCUUUCUUAUACUUUUUUUGAAGCAAAGGAAGGGCACAAGUUGUCACUUCCAGGCUAUAAAUGAAGUCAGCAACUAAGUCCUGUUUCAAAUUUGUGAUUUUUGAAAAAUCAUGUAUCCUGCCUUCUCAGAAGAGAAAUAUUCUACCUAAUGUAAAACCUUCUAUUUUAAA